AUGAAUGACGACCGUCAACUCUAUGAAUACACAUCUGGUCGAUGGAUAUAUAACGAGCACAUUCGACUUGCUGAGCGUUGCACGGAACUUAAUGUUGAUGCAUUGAAGAGUACUGUAGCUCGGUCCCUACAGAGAUCUGACACAGAUAUUAAAUGCCUCUCAAAAUUGGCGGAAGGGGGCUUCAACCGUGUCCUUCAGAUCACCAUGCUUGAUGGCACUAAAGUCCUCUCUCGAUUGCCAUAUCCCUCAACACAACCAAAAGGAUUCGCAGUCGCAAGUGAGGUGGCGACCUUGGCUCUCCUUCGGGCUCAUGGUCUUCCUGUACCCCGGGUAUAUGCAUACUCCACAGAUGCUACAAACCCUGUUGGCUCGGAGUAUAUCAUCAUGGAAAAGUUACCGGGACGACCGCUUGGUGACCAGUGGUUUGAGUUGUCUGAUCGUGAACGGCUUAAGGUGCUCCUGCAGCUUGUACAGUUUGGAGCAAAGCUUCAUGCGAUUCAGCUCCCUGCCAGUGGAAGCAUAUACUACGCGAGCGAUCUACCAUCAGACUCACCAGGUAUCGCCGUUUCAGAUUCUGAUCUCUGCAUUGGCCCUAGUGCAGCUCUUGAAUGGUGGUUCGCAGAGCGUGCCUCUCUCCGUGUCGAGCGCGGUCCUUGUGCGGACCCGAUUGAUGUUCUCCGAAAUCCUGCGUUAAAGGAACUAGCCUGGCUGCGCACACAUGGCCGCCCACGCUUCCCUUUUGAGCGUGCAUAUCGCGAGUCCAUGGGUUACCGAUUGGCCGACCCCAGUGAGCAUAUUGAGUCGCUAGAAUCCUACCUCAAUAUUGCUCCUCGAUUGCUCCCAUCAAAUGAAUUCUUACGUCCGGUCCUUCGCCACCCUGAUCUUCAGCCUAACAACAUCUUUGUCUCAGAUGACCUGGACAUUGUCGGGUUAAUUGACUGGCAACAUGCAGCUGUCCUUCCGCUCUUUCUCGCCGCCGGGAUUCCCAAGUUCUUCCAGAAAUACGAUGAUCCUGAAUCGCUUUAUUUUCGCCCGCCGCCUCCUCCGGAUUUAAAUGAUCUGGACGAGGAGGAAAAGGCUGAUGCUCUUCAUGACUUCCGACGACGCCAUACCCACUUUUUCUAUUUGGCCUUCACUCAGCGGUUCAAUGAGCCUCACUUCCGCGCUAUGGAUCAGAAGAGAAACAUGCUCACUCGGCGCGUCUUCAACCAUGCGGGCGACCCCUGGGAGGGCAACAAUAUCCCGCUUCAAGCUGACCUUGUCUUGUUGGCCAAAUUCUGGCACGAAUACUCAAAUGAUCCGUGCCCAAUAUCUAUCUCUACGGCCAGGUCAGAUUCUAUCAUGCAUUUGCAAAGCAUGCAGGAAGAGAUUGACCUCCAACUGAAACAUAUCCGUAAUGCUAUCGGUAUCAGUAUUGAUGGAUGGACCCCUUCAGAAGAUUAUGAAGCUGCCUGUGCCCGUGCUCGUCAGAUGAAAGUUGAUGGUCUCGCUUCACUGGAUACAGACUACGAGCCCGAAAUGACGGAUCGACACUGGCCGUUUGAUGACCACAAUGAUGAUGAGUAG